UCUUGCCAAACGUCAGUCUUGAGUCCGCAAAAGAACCACAUCCAAAGGUCUAUCACCAAAUUUGAGUCGACAAAAAAAAUCAAGCUAAGUCGAAAUCAGUAGAGAAAAGCCCAGGUCAGGGUGGUAAAAACUUCACGACUGAGCGAAAACUGGCUUUUGCCUAGCAACCGCAAUCAUGUCGACCACAGUCGAAAAGAUCAAAGAGAUCGAGGCCGAAAUGGCCAAGACUCAAAAAAACAAGGCCACAUCCUACCAUCUCGGACAGCUCAAGGCCAAGCUCGCAAAGUUGAAGCGUGAGCUGCUCACCCCGUCGUCGGGUGGCGGUGGUGGCGGCGCGGGCUUCGACGUUGCUCGCACGGGUGUCGCCAGUAUUGGUUUCAUCGGCUUCCCCUCGGUGGGCAAGAGUACCCUGAUGAGUCGCUUGACGGGCCAGCACUCCGAGGCGGCAGCGUACGAAUUCACAACCUUGACGUCGGUGCCCGGUCAGGUGAUAUACAACGGCGCACCGUUGCAGAUCAUCGAUCUGCCUGGUAUCAUCGAGGGUGCAAAGGACGGCCGUGGUCGCGGUAGGCAGGUCAUUGCUGUGGCCAAGACUUGCCACCUGAUCUUCAUCGUGCUGGACGUCAACAAGCCUUUGACGGACAAGCGUGUGAUCGAGGCCGAGUUGGAGGGCUUCGGCAUCAGGAUCAACAAGAGCCCGCCAAACAUUACGUUCAAGAAGAAGGAGAAGGGUGGACUCAACAUCACGAGCACGGUGCCGCUGACACACAUCGACCACGACGAGAUCAAGGCCGUCAUGUCCGAGUACCGCAUCAACUCAGCCGACAUUGCCAUACGCUGCGACGCCACCAUCGACGACCUGAUCGACAUACUUGAGGCCAAGAGCAGGAGCUACAUCCCUGUCAUAUACGUGCUCAACAAGAUCGACGCCAUCAGCAUAGAGGAGCUGGACCUGCUGUACAGGAUUCCCAACGCAGUGCCUAUCAGCUCCGAGCAUGGGUGGAACAUUGACGAGUUGAUGGAGGCAAUGUGGGAAAAGCUGAACCUGGUCCGCGUGUACACCAAGCCAAAAGGCAAGCUGCCAGAUUACUCGGCGCCCGUGGUGCUGCGGUCCAACCGAUGCACCGUUGAAGACUUUUGUAACGCCAUUCACCGGAGUAUCGCAGAGGUUUUCAAGACUGCCAUUGUCUAUGGCAAGUCGGUCAAGCACCAACCGCAAAGGGUUGGACUUGCUCAUGAGCUGGCGGACGAAGAUAUUGUGACCAUUGUCAAACGAUGAGUCAAACAGGCUCACGAACAAGCUCGCAUGCCAGAGGAAAGCCGAGGGGGCCUUCGGGGAUGUCCGGGGAAAGCUACGGGCUGUGCCUUGUUUGAGUGCACGCGCGUAUCACUCUGGGAGUGUCGAGGCUGGGGGUGAAAUAUCUCGGCUUUCUCAAGCAGGUCGUAAGCACCCGGCUGGGUUCAGUGGCAAUGUGUGGCAGUUGAGUGAAACUUUUCGUGCCGAUAUAGUGGCAAACCACUUUACUCAUUGUGUGUAACCCCAUGGCCCUUUCCUAAAAGUCUGGGCUAUGAAACCAAAAGCGGGAGGUAUUUUUGAUUCAGAUAUUUGGGGACCUGAUCUAUUCGCUCCUCGUGUUUCUAAGACAUGCUUCUUUUUUUUUCGAAACCAAUAGAACGUUUUCGGGAAUUUAGUCGGUUGCCGGCA